AUGCAAUCUAAUCAAUCACUCGCUGCCGAUGAGGUAUUAUUGCAAGGCCUUUCCGAUCAUUAUAAACAUGUCGUGGAGAGUUAUCUCAAAUUUACGCAUCAUAAAACCGAGUUGCAUCUGAGAGAGGUGUCCAAGGUCAUUGAAGAAGUGAAGGACAGUCGAUUACUCGACAAUCAAUAUAGCUUGUUGGAAGUUAAGAAUAUUAUUGAUGCUUUGGAAACGGUUCUCAAGUCAACCAUCAAGUCCGAGACUCAAUAUUCCAACCAUACUUCUCUUGAAUUAUUGAGACAAGUAUUUAAGGAAGCCGAUGAUGCUGGUUUCAAAUUGAAGGUGGAUAUUUCAAGUAUUGAGAAUGAAGAAACCUUGCAAGAAAUUGCCAAAAUGGAAAAUAACAUGUUUCCCAAGAGUGUGGGAGGAAACAAACUGCCAUCUCUCAAAACAAAUUCAGAAGAUAUUCUCAAAUUGAAAAAAGAAAAUGAUUCCAUGAGAGAACAAUUGACAACUCUGCAAAAAUCAUACAAUGAAAUGAUGAAAGAAAAGACGGAAAUUACUAAUCAAUACAACACUGUCAAUGAUGAGCUUAAAAAAUUGAAAAACAAGUUGCAAGGAACUCAUGAUCCAAAUGAUGAGAAGGAACUCGAAGAGUUAAGAAAUAAGGUCUCUCACUUGAAUUCUAUCAUCAAAUCGCAAAACGAAGAGCUGGAAAAAACACAAGUCAAAGCCUCUCAAAACGAACAAAAAGUGUUACAAUUAGAACAUGAACGAGAUGCCAUCAAAAAGGAUCUUGUUACUGCUCAAAACGAGCUCACACUCAAAGUUAAUCAAACCUCUCAAUUCCAAAACAUGAUGACCAUUGUAAAGAAUAAGAAUGAAGAGUUAAAAGAGCUUAGAGACAAGCUCAAGCAAUUGGAUCCAAGUUUCCAACUUCAAGAAUAA